GCGGUGUGUCCGGUGUGGGCGUGGCCGGCCUGGGCUCUGGUGAGUUCGGUGUAGCGGAGCAGUCAGUGCGCAGUGUCCACGCAGUGUCCUCAGUACAGCGCUCACACCGCAGCCAUGGGGAAUACGGUGGCCCGGGAGGACUUCGAGUGGGUUUACACCGACCAGCCGCACGCUGAACGCCGGAAGGAGAUCCUGGCCAAGUAUCCCGAGAUAAAGCAGCUUAUGAAACCUGAUUCUAACCUAAUAUGGAUCGUCUGUAUGAUGGUUCUCACUCAGUUCCUGGCCUUUUACCUGGUGAAGGACCUGGACUGGAAGUGGCUCAUGUUCUGGACAUACGUGUUUGGAAGCUGCAUCAGCCAUUCCAUGACCCUGGCCAUCCAUGAGAUUUCUCACAACUGCGCAUUUGGAAACAAUAAGGCCUUGUGGAACCGUUGUUUUGGGAUGUUCGCCAACCUGCCCAUUGGCCUUCCUUACUCAAUCUCCUUCAAGAGGUACCACAUGGACCACCAUCGCUACCUGGGUGGAGACGGCAUCGACGUGGAUAUUCCCACCGAUUUCGAGGGCUGGUUUUUCUGCACUUCUCUGAGGAAGCUUGUGUGGAUCAUCCUGCAGCCGCUCUUCUACACCAUUCGGCCCAUCUGUAUCAACCCCAAGCCCAUCUCUCGUCUGGAAAUGAUCAACCUGGUGGUGCAGUUUUCCUUCGACGCCAUGGUUUACUAUUUCUUGGGUGUGAAGACCAUGGUUUACAUGCUGGUUGGAUCUAUUCUGGGACUCGGACUCCAUCCUAUAUCUGGGCACUUCAUCGCUGAACAUUACAUGUUCUUAAAGGGACACGAGACCUACUCCUACUAUGGGCCGUUAAACUACCUGACCUUUAAUGUUGGCUACCACAACGAGCACCAUGACUUCCCAAGUGUUCCAGGCAAGAACCUGCCUCUGGUGCGGAAGAUCGCAGCGGAGUACUACGACCCCCUGCCGCAGUACUCCUCCUGGGUGAAGGUGCUCUAUGACUUUAUAAUGGACGACACACUCUGCCCCUACUCCCGGGUCAAGCGGGAACUUAAAGGCGAGAUAAAACAGGAAUGAUUCCUCUAGGACACUUCCUUUUGGCCCUCAGGGGUCCCAUACGCUUUAGUUUUGGGAAUAUGGAGUCUGCAGUACAAGGAGCCCCGAAAAUAUAAUUGCACCAGGACCCUCUCAGACUCCAUUUUUACACUCCAAAUGCUUCUAAUAUAAAAGCUAGAUAGAUAGAUAUAUUUUUUUUGUAAUUUAGGCGUGGGUUGUCAAGGGGUUAAAGAGUAGCCGUUACCCAUAGCAGCCAAUAUGGAGGAUGGCCCAUGACAUCACCUAGGUGGCCAUAUUGUACGCUAAACGGUCUUCAGAAGCUUCGGAAGUUGUGUUGCAUCUGAUUCGCGGCAAUGCGUUUUCCGGAAAAGUCGCCCGUGAUGGAGGCUCCUGCUAACCGCAAGUGUGUCGUAUCAUUUCAGGUCGCCAUGUGUAUCCCCUAGGUUCCCCUGUUGUUACUAUACGUCUGGGUGGUCCUCAUAGGCUGCCUGUGUAAUACACUGGGUGUGUCUGUAGGGGUCGCUCUUUUCAUCCCUCCCGCUACGAGGUCCAUAUGUCCUAAGUCUAGAGCUUAUUAAGAGCCAGAGAAUCUUUUCCACUGCCCUCCCCUUUCCUUUUUAUUACUUUAAUGUGCCCUUGACAGGAGGCUUUCACUUUGCCAGUAGAGGAUAUCUUAUCAGCAGGACCUGGACUAUGGCUGGGACCCAAUGACGUUGGAUAGGACCUGGACUAUGGCUGGGACCCAAUGACGUUGGAUAGGACCUGGACU